AGGGGCUGUGGGGGUGUUUUCCCCUCUCGCUGCCUCUCUGAGCUGCUCGCAGUGAAAACUUCCCCCCCUGCGGGACAGAAAGAGAGAGAGACUAUCUGACUGCAGCGCUCCGCACUCCACUCUCACUCCAGCCGCUCCUCUGCUGCAGGAAACACUCCCAGCUUUUCUCCUCCUGCUGCUGCUGUAGAGCAGUUCAGACGGAUAUCCCGCUCCGGAUAGACAGAGAGAGAGAGAGCUGUGCUCUGUAGAAUGAACAGCGCGCUUUCUCCAGGAGAAAACUUCAGAGGAGGUCGCCAGCGGACAGUCCGAGCAGUCUGAGGAGGAGCAGAGCUGCGUGUUUACAGUAUUAAGAACAUCUCCACACUUUGACACCACAGUGGAACAUUUAGCUGCGACUGGAGAAGAUUGAACAUUGUCUGUGAGGGAGCCUACAGCUGCAGCCUACAGGAAUGAGGGAGCAGAGUUAAAGGCCCUGACCCUGCAGUGCCUGAGCCAGGAUGGAGCUGAAGGUGUGGGUGGAUGGAGUCCAGCGUGUGGUCUGUGGAGUCACCGAGGCCACCACCUGUCAGGAAGUGGUCAUUGCUCUGGCUCAGGCCAUCGGUCGAACCGGACGCUACACACUAGUCGAGAAAUGGAGGGAUUCUGAGCGCCACCUAGCCCCUCACGAGAGCCCGGUGGCCUCUUUGAACACUUGGGGUCAAUAUGCUGGUGAUGUUCAAUUCUUUCUUCACCGAACUGGUCCCUCUCUUAUGGAGCGCCCUCCGUCUGUGGGCCUGACCCAUCGGGGCCCCGAACGCGGCUUGUAUCGCCAGAGCCUCCCCAUAAUGGCCAAGCUUCGGGCCCCGGGGGACCGCUCACUUCUCCGCCGCCGUGAACCACGACGCAAGUCUUUGACCUUUACCGGAGGUCCGAGGGGCCUUAGGGACAUCCUGAGUGGUGGCAGGCUGGGGGACACUGAGGGCAAACGGCACAUUCUUCUGGUGAACAAUGGUCACCCAGUCCCCUCUAUGUCCCCUCGGUUAUCUGGGAGCCGUUUGGAGGACUUGAGCCGCCUGGUCCGGCUGCAGAGGGAGACACUGGCUGUUUUGGACCACAGGAUGGAGGCUUACGAAGCUGAACUUCAGAGGUGGAGCGAUAAAAGGGGAGCAAAUGACGAGGACUCGUGGGCUGUGGUGAUGGACGAGAUAGCUCAUCUAGAGCAGCGAAUGCGGAAGAACCAGGUGGAGGUGGAAGAGGAGGAGUUCUGGGCUAGUGAGCUGCAGAUCGAACGGGAAAGUGAGCGUCAGUUAGAGGAGCGACUACAGGAGUUGCGUGGCCGACUGCACGUCUGCGAUUCGGAGCUAGGUCAACAUCUGGCCUGCAUGCAGGGUGUGGAAGCCGGUCUGGAGGCUCAGCGGCUGCAGAAGGAGAUGAGGGAAACUCAGCAAGCAAGUGAGGGGGAGGUGAAGGCCAGGCUGCAGAGGGUGAAGGCUGAACUGAAGGCCCAGGCUCAACACACGACGCAGCUGGAUAGCAGCUGCAGGGCUGUGGAGAGAUCACUAACUCAGUCCAGCAAAAGAUUACAGGACAGUCAGUACGAGCUGGAGCAGCUGACGAAAGAGCUGAGGCAAGUGAACCUGCAGCAGUUCAUCCAGCAGACUGGCACUAAAGUGACCGUGCUGCCUGUGGAACCCAGCGAUGCAGAGGCCAGCCCCAUGGCUCAGGACUCGGGUACAGAUUUUGUUGCACUGACUGGUUCCUUGAAGCGGUCAGGCCCAUCUCAUGCAGUGGGGGUUAACCUGCGUGUACUACACAGCCCCAUCACCGCUGCUCUGAACCCGGAGGGCAUCUAUGUCUGAAGAAAACCACCUUCACAAUUUCAGAGAAACUCUAGAAUAGGUCCAUGUAUCUCAACUCUGAGUGUGAAGCAAAGUAUUGGACAGUAUAGCUACCGUCAGUAUUUUGAGAGGGAUUAAUGGGAAGUAAAUUAUUGUUUGAGACCAAUAAGGUGCAAGGUUGGGGAGCAGACUGAGCAGCAUAGCUGUACAUUCACCAAGCACUUUAAUAUCAACACCUGUACUCCUAAUUAUUUAUCUAACCAAGCGAAUCAUGUGGAAGCAGUGUAACGAAGAAAAAUCAGCAAACACUCAAAUCCUGCAGAGAGAGAUCAGAAGAGAAUAGCCACACUGGUUCAGGGGAAAGACAGGCUAUGAUAUUUCAGAUAUCCACUCUGUACAGUUGUGCUGAGCAGAUAAGUAUCUUGGAAUGUACAGUACAUCCAAACUUGAGGCAGAUGGGCUACAACAGUGGAAGACCAUUUAAAAAAAUGAAUCUUACUGAGCUAUGAACAGAAAGCUGAAGUUGCAGUGGGCAAAGACUUACCAAACACCAAAACCCAACAGUUCAAGAUUGGAAAAACACGGCCUGGUCUGAUGAAUCUUGAUUUCUGCUAAGGCACAGAUUGUAGGGUCAGAAUUUAACACUACAGCAUGGAUCCAUUGACACAAUCUGCCAUGUGGGGCAGUGAAGGCUUAUUGGUUUGAUCACCUUAUUAUUGUUGACAAGGUUACGGGUUCAAUACCCAGGUUUGACAAACUGGCACAGUUGGGUCCUUAAGCAAGGCCCUGGCUGCCACCUGCUCCGGGCAUGUGUCCUCACUAUUGUGUAUGUGUGUUCACGACACACAUGGGCAAAAAAGGAUAAAAAUACCUUUUGGGUCCAACACAAAUAUGGUGAAUAUGCUUCAGCAUGAUGGCGACACAAAGCAUAAGUCAUCUCUAAACUUGCUGAAUUAAACGGGAUUGCCUGCAUCAAAGUGUGUCUGAAGAUUUCGCAGGAUGAGGACCAAUGCAGUGUGAUGCAGUCUUGUUUUAUGGACAAGAUUCUAACAUCUUUUGGAGUACACCAUGCCACAAAGGCUAUUGUAAGUGUAACCUGUGGCUGUAGCCAUUAUUAGUAUACAAUGUGUUCUUAAUAAAAUGCUUGGUGAGUGUAUUAGUUGAUUAAGUAUUUGGAGAUAUUUUUCUGGCUAUGAUAUGGUAUUAGGUGUAAAUAUACCUCAACACAAGAACCGUCUGUUCUAUGCAGUGACUGUCACUGUAUGCAGAUCUUUACUGCCAGGCUAACAAGGAAAACUAGCAAAUGCUUAUUUUCAUGUGUAUGAAGUGAUGUUGACUAUGGAUGAAAUAGCCCUCAUGGGCUUGCAGGUGUGUAAGAAGGAUAACAGAUUUGGUAUGAAAUGUGAAUAUAUAUAUAUUUUAUUUUGUAUAGCUGUAAUUUAGCCACAAAGAGAUUUGGGCAAUGUGUCCUACACGGCCUUAUGAUUCUUGUGGCCUCAGUGUUUAUGCUGGAGUAUAUUGCCAGAGUUGAUUGAUUUCUUUAUCAUGGAGUAAAAGUUUUUUUUCUUUUUGCAAUGUUGAGCCAAAGAU